UAAUUUACAAUUUCACUACCUCAAGAAAAAAACUUCUUACCAACGAAAUCAUCGCUUUUUAAGACUAAACAACUAAAUAGCUAGUAUCAAAAUUUUAGGCUCCCGUUUAUUUACGAGGUUGAGUCGGCUUUGUUUUCUGUUGGGUGCAGACGACAUUUUCUAGAGAUGUCUCUGACAUUGUGAAAACCAAACCCGCCUUUGGCUUUACCUCAACAAAGAUGGCGGCUGCGGGAAGACGUCAAGGUCUUGCGUGAGUGACGGAUAAGCGGCCACGUGAGCUUACGCCUGGUUGACGUGCUGUGCCUGGAUGACGUAUUGGCUGCGCCUGUGUUUGGGGAAGGAAAAGAUGGAGGUGUCUAUGGUGCAAGUGUGGCGGAGGGACCCGGGGAAUGGGCGGCUGUGCCAGGCGGAGCUACCGCAGGGAUCCACUGUGAGAGAGCUCCUUCCCCCCAGCGGGCCGGGAAUAUCUUGCUGUGAUUUUUAUGUGACCUGUAAUGGGCGACGAGUUGACAGAGAGGAAGCUUUGCAGAAUGGAUUCACUUACAGCGUGGAGCCACGACUCUGUGGCGGAAAAGGAGGUUUUGGUUCCAUGCUUAGGGCACUGGGGGCUCAAAUUGAGAAGACCACAAACCGAGAGGCCUGUCGUGAUCUCAGUGGAAGGCGACUGAGAGAUGUUAACCAUGAAAAAGCCAUGGCUGAAUGGAGCAAAAGACAAGCAGAGCGCGAAGCAGAGAAGGAACAGAGGCGUCUGGAUAGACUAAAACGUAAACUGGAAGAGCCAAAACACUACUUCACUGACCCAGAGUAUCACAAACAACGCAGCGAUAUGUCUGAGAGGCUGGAGGACUCUGUCAUCAAAGGUCUGCAAGCUUCUUCGAGUGCAGUGGUUUCUCCAGAGUCGAGCGACUGUUGCAAACGUAAGAAAAAGUCAUCAAGUGACAAAGGAAAAUCCAGCAAGAAAUUCCUAUGGACCGAAGUAGAAGGGAUGGAAGUGUCAAGCUCUGACAGUGACUCUGAAUCUCCAAGCACAUCAGUAUCUCCUCAAAGUAAAGAGGAGAGACUGCACAGCUCUGAGAGCGAUUCUGAUGAACAGGCACAGUGUUCCUCAUCCACCUUGAUAACCACACAGAGUCCAGAGCCAAGCAACCACAUCAACCCUGAGGAAGAGGCCACAGGCCAUGAACAGUUUGUUUCUGAUUCUGGCCAGACAGAAGUUGUCGAUGAGGCUGCAGACAAAGGAAAGCCAGUCUCUGACCAGAUAGAACUUUCUGAGGAGCCCAUGGAUGAAGGGCUGUCGGUCUCUAGUUCUGGCCAGGCAGAACCUUCAGAGGCUAUACCAGAAUCUGAGAAACCAACCGUCACCCCUGACCCACCAAAAGAGUUGUCUAGCAUUGAAUCUGCUCCCUUGGACCUCAUGUCUUUCUCCUCUGCUGUGCAACUGGAGGCUCUGGGUCUUGACAAGUUGAAGACGGAACUUAUGGCGCUGGGUCUGAAGUGUGGAGGGACUUUACAAGAGCGCGCAGCCAGACUUUUCUCUGUACGUGGACUUUCCAGAGAUCAGAUAGACUCGGCUCUUUUUGCCAAACCAACCAAAGCAAAGAGAAAAUAAAGCAUUAAAGGGGUUUUCCACCCAUUUUUUAAUAAACUGACACUUACCUGCUCCAGCGUUCCAGCGACGCG